GAAACAAAAUCAUUCGUUGACACAGGACGUAUCAUUACCAGUGACCGUGGAUGUUGUCUUAAGCAACGAAUAAACACAAAAAAGGAAUCGCCAUGACAACCCACAGCCCUGAAGGAGAUCGUUCUGUAUAUUCGGUACUCUUCGAGUCUGCGACAGUUAGCCGAGAAGCUCAACCCAGCGAUCCUUUGCUUGUCAACUCAUCUAUUAACGAUGUUACCCUGUUGUUGCCGAGUUGGAUCGUUGACCAGAAUGCAAACAAUACUCUGAUGAAUACAACAGGUCGCGGUCAGGCCACGCCACAGUUGCCACCGGUUUCGCAAGAAGUGCAUUUGGAAUUCAGUGAAGCGCUGCACUCAAUGGGUCGCAACGAGACGUUUUUGAUUGAUCCAGAGCCACUCGUGAAGAGAUACACGACACUGAGCGAGGAUUUUGAAAAACGAUUGCGGGACCUGGUAGCUAAUCGACCCGUAGGUGCUGGCGAGAUUCGUGAGCUUAUCGAGUUUUUUCACAACGAAAAAUUCACCUGGAAGCUUGUAUGGGCUUUUCUCGCUGCCGGACAGGGAAAUGACUCUAUAACAAAUAUGGAAGAAACGGCAGAGCUGCGUUUGCCAGCUUCGGAUGCUGAAGAGAUUGAAGAGCUUUUCGAUUCUUCAUUUGACUUCCGGAAGAUUCAGACUCUAGUCGACUGGUUGGAGCAUCGCUACGCCGAAGAGAAAUGUGCAUCAAAAACGGCUUCAUUACACGCCUAUAAGGACAAUGGCUUUAUGUAUGAAUGUACGCGACACGCAAUACUCAAAAAUCAAGCAAAUUGCGACAUCAUAACCGAACUCGAUCCAGACGCGCCAAUUCGACAACGACGGGUUUUGCACGAGCAAGACACCGAGGAUGAACAGAGAUUUUUCCGCUGCGUGUUUGAGCUGGUACGUGCCGGAAAACCGACGGAAGCCCAGAAGUUAGCCAUAGAUCAAGGAUACUUUAUGCUAGCGGCGGGCAUGGAAGGUUGGAAAGCGUUCAGAGGUAACAUUCGAGAUGAAGAAGGCAAUCUUCUGCCGGACGAAGGCAACCCUUACCGCGAUGUCUGGAAGACUGUUGUAUGGAAGAAGUUAGCAGACGACCGCGUAAAUCCAGCCGAAAAAGCGAUUUUCGCUGCAUUGAGUGGGUGUUUAGAGGCGCUUCUUCCUCUUUGUACGGACUGGGAAGAUCAUCUAUGGGCUCACCUUAAAGUCAUGGUCGAUGUUGCUAUCGAGCUACAUUUAAGAAAUUCACGAGGAGCUGACAUCGGGCGCCUUCCGGAAGAAUACCCAAAGGAAAAUGAAACUAUUGAUCAUGUUUUGAGAACCCUCGAAAAUCGUCCCGAGCUGAAUGCCGGCGAGUUUUUUCGGCAGCUUCAUAAAUUCCUAAUUCUACAGGACGCUGAGGGUUUACUGAAGAUGAUGUUUGACAGCUGCACAAAACUUGCUGAAGAGGACAGUCGGGCAGGACAAAAGCCCGCGCAUCAGCUUCGUCUUAUGGCCAAUUUGGCUUUAUUCUUACGCUAUCACCGGCAAGAUAGUGGUGGAAAAACGAAUGUUGUCAACGAUCCAGUCAAUUACAUAGUGGCAUUUUACGUAGAUCGCCUAAUUUUUGAGGCUGUUUAUGACGUUGUGCCUAAAUACGUACUUCACCUUCCCGGUCUUCUGCGUGAACAAUGUUAUAUCAACUUAUUACGAACGCUAAAAAAUCCGGCAGAUACUCAGCGAAGAGCCAUUAUUGAGGCUGCCCAACGCGAGGAGAUUGAUAUUUACGAUUACCUAACGAAGUUCGUAUACGAAAUUAUUCAUCAAGAAAACCAAUCGGCCACGGGUAACGCAAAUGAGAUCAACGACGACGACUUGCAAAAGAUGGACGCAUUGAAAUGGCUUUUUGCGCAACGUGGCCAUUCGCUGUUAGGCCUGCAAUACGUAAAUAGCGCCCUUCGCUCAGCAGUGCUAGCUCGAAGGCUACAAGUGGCACGCAAAUUAAUUGCUCUUGUUCCUACUGAUGGGGCUAGAGAGUUAGCACUUUUUGUUGUUGAUCGAAACCAGGACAGGAACCGGGACGCUAGAGACGCUUCAUCGGUGCGCAGAAGCAGAACUCGGUCGUCGGUUUCCCGUGGUACCAUGGACAGCUCAGAGGAAAUGGAUGACGUAGACGACGUCGAGAGCACGACAAGUGACCAGAUCGAUCCGAUCAAGUGUAAAAAUGCCCUCAAAGAAUAUUUCUGUUUUCAGGUCUACAUUGAAGCGCACCAUAGCUUUACUGAGUGGUUCGAACAUUUCCAUAGAAAUCGGCCCCAAAGGGCCGACAUUGCCGUUGGAGAUACGUCAGAUGCCAGAAGGCAGCUUACGGCCGAGUUCGCGAGGAAGACACUCGAGUCAAAAUUGGAGUCAUGGCAAACGGUUCUGAAUGGCCUCUGUGAGCGGACAUCAACUCAUUUGUACAAUAUCUUAAGCUAUCAAGAUGGAGGCUUCCUGCAGGACCCUUGCGAGGAGGAUGUCCCCGAUGAUAGCGAUCAGUCUGUUCUAAACCAAGAGACGAGACGAACUGAAGAACUUCGCGCUCUGAGGAGGCUCUGCUUACCAGAGGUGGUUUCAUUAUUACAUACGGUCCUUCAUGGGACUGGGCGGUACGCUGAAGCAAUUGACAUCGCAAACCUUGUAGCCGGUGAAGCUCUAUGCCUGUACAAAGAAUUCUCGAAGGAAGAUAUGGCUGCGCUUCUUAUGAAAAUACAAGAAAGCUCCGUUGAGCUGCUUAAGAUGCUUGGUAAAGUCGAUCCCUACGGCCUCGAAGACCAAUAACCAGUUUUAAUACUGCAGUCUAUGGUGAUGACCCAUCGUUUUCCGCGGAGUCCGUGAUGCCCUUCAAGUGUGAUUUCUAUAUAUAGAAAGGAACAUUCUUAGUUUCCGCUGAUUACUUGUGCUCAAGUAGAAAUUUUUUCUCUAUUUAGAAACCUGAACGUGCAGUCUCUUUGCUGCCAGUAACGAGCGUUCGGUUGUAGCCCAUGACGACAACAAAGAAAAUUAACUUUCAGAUAGAAAAAUAUUUCUUGAUAACGUAGAUAAUAAUAUUAUAAACUCUGCAUUUUGCAUAUGCAACUAUAUAAAAUCAUUUGCAGAGGUAUUACUGCAUCAUACUCGAGUUAUUUAUGAGGACCCUGAAUAUGUGGAUAAUCUUAGUUCAGUGGAAGUUAUUGUAGUUCACGACGUUUAUAAGCAGAAUUGUAUAGUUCUCCUAUAUUUAGCAACAAUGUGAAAUGAGUCAUGCAACAUCCUGGCAUGACCCCAGAUAUUCGUACAUAAAUAAAACAAUUACCUUUCCACGCAAUGCUUUCGAUCUCAGUGAUUAUUCAAUGUAUGUAUAUUUCUCGCAGAAAGUCUCUCAACUAGAACAACUCCUUUAAUACGAAUUUACACUUUCUUUCGCUCUUGAUAAUAGUAAUAAUAAUAUAAUAAUAAUGUAUCAUGAUAAUAAAUGUAUAACUAUUAAUCCCGUUAUUGUCCACAGGCUUAAAUUAUGUGAAAUAGUUUCCAUCGUUUUACAGAUAGCGAAUCUUUUAACGGGAAUGAAUAUGAAACAGUGGUUAUGCGGACACAGUCGUUAUUUUCCAUCUAUGACAUUGCAAUAUAGAUUCUUAUAUAUGCUAAUCUAAUACUAUAAUAAACACACGUAUAAAAAAAUAUAUUUAAUGUACUUGAAGUAAAAAAAGCAACACAAAAAAUGCACCCUUUCGCCUAUGGAGGUCAUUCUGAAUAAAUUAAUUACUACGUGUAAGCAAUACGC